CACUCGCCAUCAUCACCAGCAACGAUUGUGGACUUACUAGCUUUGAAUUCUGAUGAUGACGCAAUAAGCAUUAUAAAGCUCCUCUUCAUUGUUCCCAGUAUCAGUAAACAGGGAAGUGAGAAGGCAUACUUUUGGAACCCUUAUAACCAAAGUUCACUUACAACCAAAGACUAUACAUGUGAAGAAAGAGCACAAAUGAAACAGGUACAAGGAAUAUACCUGGAUUGAUAUCAGAUUGAACACUUCUAAACUGAAGGAAAUAUUAUGAAGACCUCUUUUUCUGAUAUAUUUUUUUUAACAAAAAUGGCACUCUGAUACCAUUAUGCUCUGAUACAGACAGUAGUUGUCUUAUUUUGCAAUUCUCUGUUCCAUAUGUGAUGAUAAUGUAAUAACAGUAAUACCAGUCUUGGAGGUAAGACUAGGUACUUCUUUGCCCUUGAGUGGACAUGAGCGAUCAAAGGUCUUCACAAGAAGAUAAGCACAAACCCAGCCGAACGUCCUCAAAGUUCAAGGAAUCUUCAAAAAGUAUGCAGUCCGAUGACUACUUUGCUAGAAAAUUUAAAGCUUUAAAUGGUAACGUGGGUCCUCCUGCUUCUUUAAAUACAUCUAGCAAAAAUGAAAGUAAUCAAACUAAUGGUACACCAGCUAUGCCUAAAAUGGGUGUCCGAGCGAGGGUAUCUGAAUGGCCUCCUAAAAAGGAUUGCUCUAAGGAACUAAGUAAAGCAGUAUGGGAAAGUAGACCUCAAACCAGUUAUGAGAGUGUUGGAUCAGUAAUUCCAAAUGGACAAAAUGACCAAAGUGAUGGGCAACAAGAACAGCAGUUGGAUUUGGAAUUUGAAGAGACCAAAUAUACAAUAGGAGAUCUCUUUGUCCAUUCGCCCCAGAGGGGACUUCAUCCCAUAAGACAAAGAAGCAACAGUGAUGUCACCAUUAGUGACAUUGAUGCUGAAGAUGUGUUGGACCAGAAUGCUGUUAACCCAAAUACAGGAGCAGCUCUUCAUAGAGAAUAUGGAAGUACUUCUUCAAUUGACAGGCAAGGUUUAACUGGUGAGAAUUUUUUUGCAAUGCUCAGAGGAUAUCGAGUGGAAAACUUUGAACAUAAAACUCUUGCUCCAUUUGGAUUUCCCGAGUUUUUCCGCUGUGACCCUACAAUUUCUCCAAGUCUUCAUGCUGCCACACAGAUUUCCAGGGGAGAAUUUGUCAGGAUUUCUGGAUUGGAUUAUAUGGAUAGUGCCCUGCUUAUUGGUAGAGACAGGGACAAAUCUUUCAAAUGGAGACUAAAAUCAGAAGCAGUAGAAACAUCUCUGUUUAGAAAACUGAGAACUGUUAAAAGUGAGCAUGAAACUUUCAAAUUUUCCUCAGAACUGGAUGAUGGUAGAUUUGAGAGAAACAUUCGUCCUUGGAACUGUCAAAAAUGUUUUGCACAUUAUGAUGUUCAGAGCAUUUUAUUUAACAUAAAUGAAGCAAUGGCUACCAGGGUUAAUGUGGGAAAAAGAAAAAAUAUAACCACUGGGGCUUCAGCUGCAUCGCAAACUCAAAUGACAGCAGGCCAGACUGGAAACUGUGAAUCUCCUUUGGGAAGUAAAGAGGACCUCAAUUCAAAAGAAAACCUAGAUGCUGAUGAGGGUGAUGGGAAAAGCAAUGACCUAAUCCUGAGUUGCCCUUACUUCAGGAAUGAAACUGGUGGAGAAGGAGAUAGGAGGAUUGCACUUUCCAGGGCAAACUCUGCAUCUUUUGCUUCAGGUGAAAGUUGUUCCUUUGAAUCCUCUCUAAGUUCCCACUGCACGAAUGCUGGUGUUUCUGUACUGGAGGUGCCAAGAGAGAAUCAGUCAGUUCACCGGGAGAAAGUUAAACGUUAUAUUAUAGAACACAUUGAUCUUGGAGCAUAUUAUUACCGGAAGUUCUUCUAUGGAAAAGAGCAUCAGAACUACUUUGGAAUUGAUGAAAAUCUAGGUCCUGUUGCAGUCAGCAUCAGGAGAGAGAAGGUUGAAGAUGCUAAGGAGAGAGAAGGAUCUCAAUUCAACUAUCGUAUAGCUUUCAGGACAAGUGAGCUUACUACAUUGAGAGGAGCAAUAUUAGAAGAUGCCAUACCAUCUACUGCGAGACAUGGCACAGCACGAGGCCUGCCUCUCAAAGAGGUACUGGAAUAUGUAAUACCAGAGCUGAGCAUUCAGUGCCUGAGGCAGGCUUCCAGCUCACCCAAAGUCUCUGAACAGCUGCUUAAACUGGAUGAACAAGGGCUGAGUUUUCAGCACAAGAUUGGGGUCCUUUAUUGCAAAGCGGGCCAAAGCACAGAAGAAGAGAUGUAUAACAAUGAGACUGCAGGGCCGGCUUUUGAAGAGUUCCUCGAUCUUCUGGGCCAGAGAGUACGGCUAAAAGGGUUUAGUAAAUACAGAGCUCAGCUAGACAAUAAAACUGAUUCAACAGGAACUCAUUCCCUGUAUACCACCUAUAAAGAUUAUGAAUUAAUGUUUCAUGUAUCAACUAUGCUGCCAUACAUGCCCAGUAAUAGGCAACAGCUUCUAAGGAAAAGGCACAUAGGAAAUGAUAUUGUUACCAUUGUCUUCCAAGAACCUGGAGCACUUCCUUUUACUCCAAAAAAUAUUCGAUCUCAUUUUCAACAUGUGUUUGUCAUAGUCAAAGUGCAUAAUCCUUGCACUGAAAAUGUGUGCUAUAGCGUUGGAGUUUCAAGAUCAAAAGAUGUACCCCCGUUUGGUCCACCAAUCCCCAAAGGAGUAACUUUCCCAAAAUCAGCAGUCUUUAGGGACUUCCUUUUAGCCAAAGUUAUUAAUGCUGAAAAUGCAGCACACAAGUCAGAAAAAUUCCGAGCCAUGGCCACCAGGACGCGACAAGAAUACUUGAAAGAUCUGGCAGAAAAUUUUGUUACUACAGCUACAGUGGAUACUUCAGUGAAGUUCAGUUUUAUUACUCUAGGUGCAAAGAAAAAGGAGAAAGUGAAACCAAGAAAGGAUGCUCAUUUAUUUAGUGUUGGAGCAAUUAUGUGGAAUGUGAUAGCACGGGACUUUGGCCAGUCUGCAGACAUUGAAUGUCUCCUUGGAAUUUCCAAUGAAUUUAUCAUGUUGAUUGAAAAGGAGUCCAAAAAUGUUGUGUUUAACUGCUCCUGCAGAGAUGUUAUUGGAUGGACAUCAGGAUUAAUGAGUAUCAAAAUCUUUUAUGAAAGAGGAGAAUGCAUUCUUCUGUCUGCAAUUGAUAAUUGUUCUGAUGACAUCAGAGAAGUUGUUCAAAGACUAGAGAUAGUCACCAGAGGAUGUGAAACAACGGAAAUGACCCUACGGAGGAAUGGGUUGGGCCAGCUUGGAUUCCACGUUAACUUCGAAGGAAUAGUAGCAGAUGUGGAGCCAUUUGGUUUUGCAUGGAAGGCAGGCCUAAGGCAAGGGAGCCGUCUAGUUGAGAUCUGUAAAGUGGCUGUGGCAACCUUGACUCAUGAACAAAUGAUUGACCUUUUACGCACGUCGGUGACAGUAAAGGUGGUGAUUAUUCAGCCACAUGAGGAUGGAUCACCUAGAAGGGGUUGUUCAGAACUAUGCCGAAUCCCCAUGGUGGAAUAUAAACUCGACAGCGAAGGCACCCCAUGUGAGUAUAAAACUCCUUUCAGAAGGAAUACUACUUGGCAUCGGGUGCCGACUCCUGCUGGGCAGCCUCUUUCUCGUGCAUCUCCAAUCCUAGGAACAUCUGACAGACUGCAAUGCCAGCAGCUUCUUCAGCAGGCUCAGACAGCCAUUCCUCGCAGCACUUCCUUUGAUAGAAAGCUGCCAGAUGGUGCAAGUCAACAUUACAGAAGUUCACCGAGCAACCAGUCCUCCUCCAGUGACCCAGGACCCAGCGGGAGUAGCCAGUGGAGACAGCAAGUGGGAUAUGACGGGUGCCAAUCCCCUUUACUUCAUGAACACCAAGGUUCAGGUCCACUGGAGUGUGAAGGAGGCAGAGAACGAGAGGAAACUUCAGAAGGAACCAGAUAUGCUGAAACGAAGUGGCAUGCACCAUCCACCAAAGUCUUGAGUUCCUACAAAGACCGGGCUUUACCAAAAGAAGGCAAUGGCAAGGAUUCGCCAAGCAAACUUUCUCAUAUUGGAGACAAAAACUGUUCCAGUCACUCCAGCAGCAAUACCCUGUCCAGUAAUACAUCGAGCAAUAGUGAUGAAAAGCACUUUGGCUCCGGAGACCUGAUGGACCCUGAAUUGCUUGGAUUAACAUAUAUUAAAGGGGCUUCUACUGACAGUGGAAUUGAUACAGCUCCUUGUAUGCCUGCUCCUCUUAUGGCUCCUUUACACCUUGCUGGCAGCAGGUCUGGGGUACAUAGUCGGGCUGAGCAGUGGACUGAAUCUUCUGAAACUCCUGGGCAAGAUGAUGAACAAGCUAAAAUUUAUGCUGUACAUAGCUAUGCUUCUGCCAUUUCUAGCAGUCAUACAGCUGAAGGUAGCAUGGGAGACCUCAGUGAAAUAUCCUCUCAUUCUAGUGGGUCUCACCAUUCAGGAAGCCCAUCAGCACAUUGUUCUAAAAACAGUGGCUCUCUAGAUACCUCCAAAGUCUACAUAGUGUCACAGAAUAGUGGUCAACAGAUCUCUGGGUCUGUAUCAAAAUCACACCACAGACAAGGAGCAGUGAGCAAAUACGUCAUUGGUUGGAAAAAGUCAGAAGGCAGCCCUACACCUGAAGAAUCUGAAGACAGACUGUAUGGUGAGGAUGAUGCUAUGUCUGCAUCAAGUCAGCUUCAGACUUCUGUGAGGAGUGCAGUUACUGAAAGCCAGCAAGUCUUGUCCAAAGAAGAUUUUCUGAAGCUGAUGCUGCCAGAUAGUCUCACUAUGGAGGAGGGUAGAAGAAAGUUUUCAUUUUAUGGAAACCUAUCUCCAAGGAGGACACUUUAUCGCACCCUUUCUGAUGAGAGCAUAUGUAGUAAUCGGAGAGGAUCUUCAUAUGCUAGCUCACGGAGUUCAAUGCUUGAUCAAGCCUUGCCAAACGAUAUUUUGUUCAGCACCACCCCACCAUAUCACAGCACUCUGCCUCCCAGAAUGAGUCUGGCUCUUGGAAUGGGAAAUCUAAGAAAUGAAUUCUGGUUCUCAGAUGGCUCCCUAUCUGAUAGAGCCAAAUUCAACGAUCCUGGCCUGAUGCCCCUUCCAGACACUGCCGCAGAACUAGACUGGUCCAACCUGGUGGAUGCUGCACGAGCGUUUGAAGGUUUUGACUCUGAUGAAGAUCUUGGGCCGGUCUGUCAUCAUACAUCAUUUCUAGAUCAAAGAGUGGCAUCUUUUUGCACCCUGAAUGAUAUGCAGCAAGCUCCAGGUUUGGAGGGUGCUCAAGAGUUACCUUUGGAUGAAGAGCCAACAAAUGGAAAAGAUUUCAUUGAUGCUACUGGGGAGCACACUCCAUCUACUCUGACUGGAAAAGUAAACCAGCUGGAAGUGAUCCUCCGGCAACUACAAACUGACCUCCGGAAGGAAAAACAAGACAAAGCUGUUCUCCAAGCUGAGGUCCAGCAUUUGAGACAAGAUAACAUGAGACUUCAGGAGGAGUCUCAAACAGCAGCCGCUCAACUAAGAAAAUUCACAGAAUGGUUUUUCAAUACCAUAGACAAGAAAUCCUAAUGUCUAGGCCCCUGGAAAGCACUAUUUGAACUGCAUAACAGCUGUAUUUUUUAAUUAGCGAAAUAUGAUUUCAUUGUGUUCACAAUCCAUUUUAGAUGUUUCUGCUGUAUUCUCUGUCCACCUCUAUUCACUUGAACAAGACUGAGGGCCAUGUGGAUCUAUCUUUGUAUUCCUUUGAAGAAAGCAGAGAAUAGCAGACAUUUGUUUGUGUGAAGAUGAAUGUAAAAUUCUUGGUGUCAUUUUAGACAUUUUUAGAAGAUGCUCUGGGUUGGGGUUGCCUGAAGAGGAACGUUUUGGGUUUUAUUUCCUGUAUUUCAGGUCCUCUGGUGAAGAUGUUUAAAGCAAUUUACAGUAGCUUGGGCUUCAGUAUUGUAAGAUAAAGAGAAUAAUCAGACAUAUACCUUAAUGUUUAAAAGGUGCUCUAUUUUUUGUAUGUACAGUAGUUUAUUUCCACAGUCACAUUGUCAUAGCAAUAAGAAUGGAGGUAUAGUGAAUAGUCACAAAUCUGUGUUUAUAAAACGUUAGCACUGAUGUGUUUAACACUAGUUUGGAUGCAGAUACAUUAGAGAUUAUUUAUUUGCAGGAACAAAUGGUGCCUGAAUAUAAACAGUGUUCUGAUUUUCUAAAGAUACAUAUGCCUUGUAAAUGGCUCACUGGGUUAGCCCACUCCAACUUCAGAUAAUUUUGUAUAGUUGAUGUUCAGCUAAAACAGUUAUACUGCUUAACUAUUAAAAUCAUGUAUGGUGUGAGCCAGCCAAUCACUUGUACAAUGCCAAAUUCAUUUCUCUGUACAGAAGCUUUGAUCAAGUGUCUUGUAUUUAACACCUUUAUUUAAGCUUAUUUAACCUUCAGUUGUUAAUUUUAUAAAGUUUUUGUUUUAUCUGCACUAUGGUGAAGACAGUUGGUUGCGAGCUGUAAUAUUUUUAGCUUGCUGAGACUGUACUGAGGAAUUCUAGAAAAUUCUAAUGAUUGGAUGCUGCUAGUACACUAUUUGUAUGCUUUAACAUUUUUAACUGUUUCAUUUGAGAUGAACAUACAUUUUGCUUUUUUAAUAAACGUUAAAAAUA